CUGCACCGUGUUUUACGUGAAUUCUUGUUGUACAGAAAAGAGAUGAGUGGUAGGGGCAAAACCGGCGGCAAAGUUCGGGCUAAGGCCAAGACUCGUUCUUCCAGGGCUGGCUUGCAGUUUCCUGUUGGCCGUGUUCACAGGCUGCUCCGUAAAGGUAACUAUGCUGAGCGAGUUGGUGCUGGAGCUCCAGUCUAUUUGGCUGCUGUGCUCGAGUAUCUUACUGCUGAAAUCCUGGAGUUGGCUGGUAACGCUGCCCGCGACAACAAGAAGACGCGCAUCAUUCCUCGCCACCUGCAGCUUGCCGUUCGUAACGACGAAGAGCUGAACAAAUUGCUGGGCGGUGUGACUAUCGCUCAAGGCGGCGUGCUGCCCAACAUCCAGGCUGUUCUACUGCCCAAGAAGACCGAGAAGCCAGCGAAGACCAAGUAGACUGGGCAUCUUGGACUUGCGUUAACCACCAAACGGCUCUUUUAAGAGCCACCCACUUUGUCUAGAAGCGGUGAAACUUCUAAAGUCAGUUCUUAUGGUACAAUUUGAUACCUCUAUGAAUUCGUUAACUUUUUUCUAGAUUCUUUAGCGUGUAAGCGAGUUCACCUUUUUUAAGCUUUUACAGCGAGUCCAGCAGUAGAGUAUUUUGAUGUAUUGUUUGCUCACUGCGUACAAUUUCGAUGAACUUCCUAUCACUCGUA